CAACCAUGUCCGUGACAAUCAACAUUAGCGACUUGGACAUUCAAGUCACGGCCGAUCGCCUCACGCAGGAGGCAUUUGCGCCCUUUGGCGACGUCGUCACCAACCCUCGACCAGACCUACAUCCCACCGCCUACGCCUCGCAGGGCGGCAAACUUCCGUAUGAAGGUGUCUCGGCGAACCAGGGAACCGCCAUCAAGUACAGCCAUGUUAGCAAGCCUAAGAACCUCUACGACCAGGCGCCCAGUGGCAAUGGCGAGCUCAUCAUGAGCCAAUUCGUCUGCGAGGCGCGUCAACUCAAGGAGACCGGCGACCCUUCUCAACGCGAGUUCACCGUCAGUGUACUGGAGAGACACCCUUUUACGUCGCAGACCUUCUCCCCGCUCAUGUCUACCUCUUCAAUGUAUCUGGUUAUCGUCGCACCCAGUCUUCCCCCAAGCCCGUUGGAUGAAGGCCUCCCUGUACCAACUGGCGACGGUUUACCCGGCAGAGGUCUACCCGACCUACGACGCCUACGCGCCUUUGUAGCGACCAACAGACAAGCCGUCACCUACGGCGCCGGAACAUGGCACGCCCCAAUGGUGGCAAUGGGCAAGGAGGCGACGACGCUGGACUUUUUGGUUGUGCAGUUUGCAAGCGGAGUUGCAGAGGAGGACUGCCAGCUCUCCAUCUUUGAGCCGGAGGAGCCAAAGAUUAGGGUGCGGGUUCCGGUUGUCAGGACAGGUCGCUCUGGGAAAUUUUUUCGUUGUAAUUGUCAAAUACGAGAACUGAGAUGCAGCUGGUUAGAAGGAUUACGUGACUCCUUCACAAUGGUGGCUCAACUCGAACUCACCGAUGCUCGCAACAAGCUUGAGGAUCUCUCUGGCAUCCAGCUUCAGCCAGGAGAGAACCCUUACACGGCCCUCAUAAGGACGUGCAACAACAAUCCCGCCGAGAUUCAGACCCUCUACUCAGUCCACCGGACAAAGAGAAACGCCCAGCAGGCCGAAAAGUUCCUGGAUUCCGCCUUCAAGGAGCUCAUCAUCGACCAGUACCUCCUGAGGCUCGAAGAUCAAACUGUUGAGCCGGGCUUCCGCGACCCGAGGAACUGUCUCGUCUUUUGGGCAAGGCCACCUGAUCACGUUGUCCGCCUGGCGGCUAAGUUGCAGGAGUUGCUGAAGCAGGCUGCCCCAAAUGUUUGGCUUAUGCCUACUCACAGGAUGCACUUGACAGCGCUCGAGAUUGCUUUCUCCAAGACUCCCGAUGAGAUUGCCUCGUUGGUGUCUACGCUGCGACCAUCAAUCCCCUCAAUUGUCAACUACCCCUACUCGCAUAGGUCACGCCUCGUCAAGCCCAUGAUCUCUUACGAUCUUUCCGCCUUUGCCGUCUCAUUCCUCCCAGCGGCGGGCGAAGCCUCUCUCUCACCGCCCCCUGUGGAGCCUAUAGUUACGGAUGGUAUCACGCAAGGAGAUGACUACACCUACCAUCACCUCCGUCGUGAUGUAUUCGACCAGGUACAGGCUGGUGGUGUUGAGGUUGGAUCUAGAUAUCAGGUUCCCAGCGCACACAUCACGCUUGGUCGGUAUCUCAACCAUCAAGACCAUGACACCCCUGAGAAGAGGGCCAGCUGGGUCAAAGUCAUUGAUGAGAUUAACCAGUGGCUAGAGAAGGAAGUUUGGGAUAACCCUGACUCCGAGUUUGUGGGUGAGUGGAUCGUCGGCCAGGAGAAGGGACUCGAUGCGCGGAACGGCACAUUGUGGUAUGGAGGUGGCAGAACCAUCAUGUUGGGAGAGGGUUUCUAG